AUGGCGCAGAAUACCAAGCUCGUAAACGAGGUAAAUACCCUGGCCGAGCGGAAGGGCGUCGCGCCCGUGCAGAUCGCCCUCGCUUGGAUCCUGUCGCCCUCUGGGCGGCCUGGCUUGCCGACGAUUAUCCCGAUCCCCGGGAGCACUACGAGCGACAAGGUCAGGCAGAAUCUGGUUGGCGUGUCGUGGUUGAGUGACGGGGAGAUGGAGGAGAUUGCGGCGAUUUUGCAGCGGAAUGAGGUUGUGGGGGAGAGCUUCCACCAGAGUGGUCGAUCAAGCAGAGAAACAUCGUCCUCAGAUGUUCUUGGCCCUCAUGGUGGCACCAUUGAGCCAUGCGACUGCGCAGGUUGA